UUAUUUCCGCCGUUAAAGUAAUUCAUAACCUCGAGAGCAUUCUCUUAGCUACGUGACCAAAACGUUACUCAAGAUUUUGAUCGAACUUCGCGUCGCUUUGCCUUUCUUUCGUGCGGAUGAACAGCAAAAGAAAUUGUGGCAACAGAAUGAAGGUAAAAGUGCUUCAAACAAGCUGAGCAAACUUUAAUUUGGAAUUUUGUCGGGAUAAAAGGUGUCAAUUAAGGUGAAGCAGGACGCGAGGGCUGAGAGAAGAUUUUUCAAGGUCACGGAUAACAACAGUGAACUUGACCACGUUGCGUAACUUGAGAAGGCACACUUCGAGGUACGGCCCAACACGAUGCUUCACAGUGUUAUCAUUGUGGCCGGCCCUUAACGGAAUUCACGUCACUACCGAGAAAAUCGACGACAGCAGGGAGGAAGGUCGUAAUAACGGGAAAAGAUAUGUGUUACGAAAGACUUUUAAGUCUCAGAACGCUUUGAGAAUCGUUUGUGUAAAGCGAGCUUGACGAUAACUUAGCAUAAACAGCUGGAUUGUCGGUAGCCAUUGAACCGUAAACACCGAAGUGUGCAAAGUACCUUGGACGUUUAUCGAUUUCCGAUUCGAUUCUUGUAGAAUCAAAACAAGUACUCAUCUUAAAAUACGUUUCUGACUUUAUUGUUAUGGCCAUUUGCAACCUUCAUACUAGGAGACUGUUUUAUUUUAUUAUGGCAUUAUCGAUGCUGGGCACGGCAACAAACGCUGGACAAAUUAUCAACAAAAACGAUACCUUUAUAUCGUCCUCUUCGGACAUGCACGCUGUCCUGAACCGGACGGUUAUUUUGAACAGCGCGAGCUGGCAUUUUUUAGACCUGAUAUUCCACAAAUACUCGGACAACUUGACGGAGAAAAUCUCCAUUGAGCGUUUUAAAGAUUUGUUGAAGGAUUUAAACCUUGGUGAGACCGUAUCGGCGACAGAAACAUCGCAUGAGCAACAUCAAGGAACAUCUCAUCGACAUGGCGGCAAGAAUUCUCGAAGUCAAGAUGGAGAAUCCAGUGAAGUUUCGAGGCAAAGAAACAUGCGAAGGCGGCGAAGCGAGCGACAAUCCAAUGGAGAACGAAGACAAUUGCAGUUAAAUUCUAAGACGAACCAAAUUCGCCCGAGGUCUCAACGAAGAGAACGGCGUAGUGCGAGAGACCGUCUCCAUACCAGUGAAGGUCACGCGGAGUGUUUGACAGGACAGGAGCUUCUGCUCGAUCAUGAUGUGAAUGAAGAGGAAGGAUUGAACGAAGAGGACUUUGUGCGGAUUUGUCCCGCAUUAAUCCAGCAACUCCAAGACAAAGCUUGCAUUGUCGACAAUCUGGAAGACAAUCACAUGGCAGAGGACUCGGCCAAAAUGCUGCAUGAAGAAGAAAGAAGCCGCAAAAUAUCAGGAAAUGGUUGGUUCAAGGCUCGCUGGAAUUCAACGAAGUAUUAGCUGCGACGGCGCACACUUUCCUAAGGCCAGCAGAGAUAUCUCAGAAGGCUGUAAAACAACAUCUUGUGAACUGGUUCUUUUGGAGUCUGGGAAAGAGGAGCGUGCGAGCACAGGCUCCGAGUCCUCCCAAGAAAAAGUGCCGUUGUGGGAGCCUUGUCGACAUGGUCACCAUUGCCAUCCGCGCGACAGUGUUCAAGAGCGAAGCAAACACAGUUUUAGCGACUCGCAACUUAUAGCUGCAUUGCAAGGCAAGUCGUGCAUCCAUCCCAACAUUUACAGCAAUAACUUCUCUGCCAGUGGUACUGACAGCGAAAACCAAACCCAUCACAAUGUCAAUCAAAUUCGCUCACACCAAGGUGAUCAGUACUCGUACCAGGUCCCCACGGAAUCGAAUACCAUCGCCACAGAAACGACGAGCGAUGCUGGAGACGGCGGUUACGAUGAGGAGAAUGGACACGAUCAUCACCAUCAUCAUCACCACCACAGCCCUAACAUUGACAAGAACACCUCCAUUGCCACUGUAGCGUGGAUGGUUAUUGUCGGGGAUGGUUUCCACAACUUCAGCGACGGUCUGGCAGUUGGUACUGCGUUUUCAGUUUCAUUGACCAACGGUCUUACCACAGCUAUAGCAGUGUUUUGCCACGAGCUUCCGCAUGAGUUAGGUGAUUUUGCCAUUUUGCUUAAGUCAGGUUUGACCUUUAGGCAAGCCCUGGCUUACAACCUUGCAUCAGCCAUAAUCUCAUAUAUUGGCCUUAUACUAGGCAUAAUUAUUGGCGAUCUAGAUUCUGCUCACACCUGGGUGCUGGCGCUCACAGCUGGGAUGUUUCUUUAUAUAUCAUUGGUUGACAUGCUCCCUGAACUGAGCAACUACAUCAACGAAGGAGGUGGAUGGCCUGUGGUGAUCUCACAAAAUCUGGGAAUAUUGACGGGAGUAUCGAUUAUGCUAGCAAUAGCUUUGUAUGAGAGUUAAAUAACUUAAAUUAUAAUUUAGAACUACGAAAUAUUUGUAGUUAGUUAUAAUGCAAAAGCAUACAGGCGCUCAAAGUUUGAUUUAAUCUGAAACAAAAUAUAUUUAUUUAACCACAGACAUUUACGAAUUUAAAUAUAUUCACUUCACUUAUAAUUUUUAUGAGAUUUUUGUUUUAAAAAUGUGGAGCUUGUAUGGAUUACAGACGAAUUCACAAAGAAAUCAAAACAAGUGGAGUUUGUUUUAAAUGAAAAUGCAAAGGAAUGAUAUAGGUCUAUUUUGGAUAACUCCCGUUUUUUAAUGCAAUUCUGGUUGUGAGGUAUUUUGGUAAGGUAUCUCAACUAUGAUAUUGCCAAAUAUGAAUCUUAAAUUCUUACCAGAAACAAUCUUGAUAAGAUGUAUUCAAAUCGUAAGAAAUUCUUCAGUUUUUUUCGUUUUUUGCACCCUCCAUUUUACGCUUUAAAAUCAUCAAUUUGGUGCAUAUCAACUAAAACAUUUUGAGUUUAAGCUUUGUUUUGUUUUUUUUUUUUUUUGCCUCUAGGAGGAAUUCAUUAAACACCCCUCUUUAUAAACAUUCUGUGCCACAGAAUUGCAUUUUACGAAUCGUGAUAUAGAAUUGUAUUUAUCCCUAAGGACGUGAUGUACGAGGCCAUUUGAAAAUAAUGAAGGAUGUCAAAAAUGUCCGGGAUGUCAAAAUUCAAAUAAGAUGUAGAGGUUUCAUUAUUUGGCGUCCAAAACAAUUUGUGGUUACGAAACAAUGCGCGAUUAGUAUGCUAGAAUUCAAUCAGUUUGAGAGACACACACCAAGCUUUUUUACUAUUUGAGUGACCUUUUACCAAUGUAUGAAUUAAGAUGAGGUAAUUUUACGAAACGACGCCGCAUAUGACGCAAAGUCGUCGCCAUAGGUUUCGGUUAUUUUCAGUGCUCAGUUCUUCAAGGAAAACACUACGUAACAUUGCUUCGAACAUGUGAGCCCCCGACAUUCCAGCGGUUAGGGCUAGGGUUAGGAUUAAGGUUAAGAAUAUCUGGGGCUCACAUAGUUUGAAGCAAUAUUAUCGAGUACUUUCCAUUCUCUAACCUGCUUUUGUAGUCUCUCCUCUCUCUAACCCUCCAGGGUCAGAUAGGGUUCGAGGGAGGGAGAGACUCUAGGAUCGAGGUUGUUGAAUUUUCUUCUUUUUCUAGCAAGUAAAGCAAAUUUCUUAUGGGGUGAGGGCGGGGGGGUUUCCAUGCCGGCCUACUCUUAUCUGGUCGAAUAUUCAAGGAAACUCAAGUCACCUGACAUAUGUUGAGAAAAAUAAUUCAGGGAACGGUCUUAGAUCCUGUAGAAAAAUAGGUAGGGUUCCCUCCAUUGGAAUCAAUCUUCCCCUUCACAAUGUCAAUAUCUGAGCAACUGCGCACCUAUCCCUCCCCCUAAUCCAACCAAAGUCAACCCAUAAUAACUUGAGGUUAAUUUUGUGUUAGGGGAGGAGUAGGUGUGUAGUUGCCCUGAUCUGACUGUAACUCCACUUUUCCACUGUUUCUUUGUACAUUAGUAGAAAGAAUCUCCUUGAACUUCUCCAUUACACUAGGAUCUAUAUGUGAACCACUUCCAAGGUUUUUUAACUGUUUUACCAAAGCUAGCCAUCUGUUUCUAUCUAUUUUAGUUAUAAUUGGUGGAGUACUGUGAUAGCGUAGAACAAUAACCUUAAUCUCAAUUAAGAGACUCAGUUCUUCAUAAAGGUCUUAUGUCAAGGGCGGGGUAUGUUCCAUCAUGCUUGUGUAAGAAUGAUGAAACAAGAUCAGUUUUUUUCUGUUAAAGGUAGUUAAAAGGGAAGAAUCAGGGUAGAAAAUUUUUAUGGACUUGGGUAUUUAAUUUGUACUCUAUUAUGUUUGAAAAAAGGAUCUAUAUCGCGAGUCCCAUUGGGGCUUUUAGGGCUUAAUGUUAAAAUUUUGGCCAUUUACGGCCACGGUUAACCCAAAAUGACACAUUGUAGGAAGGAAAAAAUUUUACUGUUAACUUUUAUUACAAUUAACGGUUAAAAUUUGUCAAUUUUUACGCUUAACGGCUAAUUGUAAACUCCAUUAAGAUCCACUGUUGUGGAUAUAGAAGGUUUGAACUCAUCAAGGUACAAACGCGGGGCCAAAGUGGCUGGAACAGGUCACGCUUUUUUUUCACUAUAGGGUGACAGGUUCCUCCACGUCGCAAGGGAUAGCUUCCUAGUUAGGAAAAAAAUCUUACGUAGAUAGACAACCCUUUGUCACUAAAAAGUCCAUGAUAACUUUACUAACAGUUGUGAGUUUACGCAUGAUGUUAACGGCACCAGCAACUGCAAAACUGAACUCUGAUUUUUCUUCACUUUCCCUCAAGUACUCCCAGAGAACUAAUAUCGAAAUUGGAAAAAAUAUUUUUACCAGUAUUCACAGAAGAUACAAAUAUUUCGCUUUGGCUUUGAAACGGAUGAAAGCAACAGACAACAAGUUUGGUCCGUUAAUCGUUUUCAGUAGGUCGUCUGUCCUUUCACUCUCAGGGGUGAUCUAAAAGAAAUUUAUCCUUUCAAUGUCAUAACCUUUAAAAGCACAAAGGAGAUGAGAAGAAAGAGAGAUGACCGGUGUAUUACUUGGAUAUAAAACGAAAUUCUUAAGAAAUGUAUGGAAAACUGUGAGGAAAAAUGAUGUUUAGUUUCUGCAAGUGAAACCGUUAACUCUCGUGCCUAGCCUCUUUAGCAUUGUGAAUCUCUUUAAAAGCCUUUGGCACUUUUUGAAACAAGAUAAUUCGGUAAAUUAGUGUUUUUUUUGUUUUUUUUUUAGCUUUGUGCAGAUUUAAUGCUCAAACUUACAUAACAGGCGCCUCGCUGUCAGGGGCUCGGAGUUGUGGAACGCAUGCGUAGUCAGACUUCUUAUUUGUGCGCGCUACUUUAUUUCACCUGGUUGCAGCCGCAUUUAUAUUAGCAAGUUAACAGCAAGUUAUCUUCGAGAAGUUUCUGUGACGAGAUGAUGGCGAAGUGUGAUAUCUUUUUGCGAGAAGUAUCCUUGUUAAAAAACGGACUUGUCAGUAUUUAAACAGGGAAACCUGUCGGGGAGUAAAGGUUUAUCAAUGACGAAAUUUGCUGUUGUAGAUGCUUAGACAAGUGCUCAUUUCUAGGAAGACAUUGUGUAGGGGUGAAGAAAAUUUUGUCUUGAAAGGGUUUCUUGAUUAACUGUUUCUAACAAGUUCUCCUCUCAUAGAUAAAACGACGAACAAUUUUUGCUGGUGCAGCCCUGGGAAAAGUUGCUUGGGAAAUGCGCCUUGUAUCUUAGCCCAUGUUGUGCAGUGUAGGAUUUGAGCUUAAGUUACGUAGUUUAUUCAUUAGUUUACCUAGUUGUUUACAAUAUUUUAUCAUACAAUUUUGGGUUGUAUGAACACGGGUGUGUAAAAUUUCAAGAUCACUGGGGUACUUUCUUUUUUAUUGAAUCAGAAUUCGUAAGGUUUUAAAGAAAUAUGAAAAUUAUUUUAGGUACAUGACUCCUACCAAGUGAUUUUACUGUGUAAUAACUGAUGAUAUUUUAAAUGAAGAUAAAAAAAUUAUUCAAAAAUUUUAUAGAUAAAUGUUUAAUAUCCUUUAAUGCAGACACCAUUAGCUUUUCUAAUGAACACGUCUCUAUGAAAAAAAGGAUAUGUGUUGUUGAUCUGAAUAAAACUCAGUUUUGGGUAACA